GCGUUGAAGGGCUCAUCAUUUUCGGACGACGACGCUGCCAUGACGCCGACGCUGCAAGGGCUGACCUCCCGACUGAAAGCUGAAGAAGCGGCGAAAAAGGCCAAGGCGAAGCGAACCAAGGCCAUCGCUCUCGGGUUUCCAGUCGCCAUCGUACUGUUUGCAAUCUGGUUGAGCACUCUCUCGGACGACACGGCGUCGCUCUUGUCGAAUUGGACCGCUCGACUGGUAGACGACAUGGUGGCGAAGCUGAAUCCGUCGCCAUACACCGGGUGGCUUCCAGACGUGGCCGAUCAAAAGCACCGCGGCGACAUACUCGUCAACGCCAACCACUUGGAGCCGGCCCUCGUCUAUUACCACAAGGCGCUGAAACUGGCCGCCGAGCAUGACCGGAACAAAUCCGCGACGUCCGACGAAUCCAAGCGCAUGCGAGCGUACUUGGCCAACAGCAUGGCCAUGACGUAUGUGAAGUUGGGCAACGACACACAGGCGUCCACGUGGUACAAGCAUGGCCUCGAUGUCGACGAUAACAACGCUGAGCUGCACUACAACUACGCCAACCUGUGCGUUCGCCAGGAGAAGUGGGUGGUCGCCGAAGCGCACUAUCGUAAGGUCCUCACGUUGAAGCCCCUGUAUCCGCCAGCGAUGGUGUCGCUCGCCCACGUGCUGCAGAAAGAAGGCGGCUUCGCCGAAGCACGUACAUUGCUCGUGGAUGCGUGGGAUCUCGAUAAAACGGAUGCGGACACUGCCGCCCAACUCGGGUAUCAGUACAUGAUCGAAACGGAGGUAUCCAAGGCCCUAGAGUGGUUCAACAUAGCGGCAGACAUGGGCCAUCAAGAGGCUGCGCUCCAGCGGAACGAGCUACUGGCCGCGUGGAUGCGAACACAGGAGCGGAUGGCGGCCUCAGCAUCGGAUGGAGCGCACAAUGGUGACACGAUGCAGCUGCCUGAACCUGAUCUCUAACACAACAUCGAGACGUCCUUCAAGACGAGAACCACACAGACAAUACAACGAGUCGAUUAUGCAAAUUUCUCGCGGGCAGGGAGUUCUCGUCGUGGCGGUUCCGCCUCUGUUCUCAGCACCUGUGUCCGCGAGGGCACUCCUCAUCUGCCUGUUGUCGUUGUGCUGUUCUGAACCUGCUCCUGUCCGUCGUCGUCGAUCAGAGUCGCUCACGCCGUCGGCCAUCCACGGGCACCUGUGCGCUCAGAGCGAAAACGAAAAAAGAGAAGAAAAAAACUUGGCUACCGGUCAAAUUAACCACUGGUCGCUAACGGAUCGGACACUGGUGGCUGUCCGCUCAAGCAAUUCAAAAAUCUGAUUGGCUGCAUAAGGGUCGCCACACAAUUUAACAUCAUUUGAUUGGAUGAUGAGACUAGG